AUGGAGAGAAGAGUAGGCGGCCGAGGAGGGAGGUCAUGGCGGCCGCGCGAAUCAGGGGGAGGAUCUCGCCCUGCGCCGACGUCCUCUUCGUCGUCGGCUUCGUACGGGGACAGGUGGAGGCCGUCGUCUUCCAGGGCGUCGCACUCCGCGUCGAAGAGCGGGGGAGAUCUCAGGGAGGACCUCGAGGGGAGCACGAAAGUACGUUUAGCGGAGCACGUUGCUGAUCAGGAUGUCUCUUCGUUGGUUGGAACGUGUCCCGAUAUGUGUCCCGGUAUUCAGCCUUUCCUCCUCCCCGUCGUCCCUCUCAUUCCUCUGUUCUCUGGCGUAUUAUUUCCGACCUUCGUUGAAACGGCCACAUCAAUGCUUCUUCCUUCUUGCUGUUCGUUCGUUUUCUUUUCUGUUCAAAUUUUCCGCUUCUCCUGCUGAUCAACAUCAACUCUCUUCGUCUGAUAGAUUAUCAUUUCCGAGGGGAACGACCCUGUUUAUGACCUGAAAUGGACACGGACGUGGAUGAAAUUGUGACUUUCAUCAGAAAAACUGGGGAGGAAGUUUGCAGUUACUCAAACGCAUAGAAUUGACAAAUUUCUGGGGGCUUGUUCAGGUGGCUUCUGAAGUUUCGGAAUGCUAUUAGGGGACGUAUGCCUUGUUGAGUUGCUUAUUUACAUGCAAUCACAUUGGUGAUUUCAGGGGACGUCCGUUGGUGUCUUAAAAGUUGUUAUGAUGAGGUUUUGCUAUUUGGUAGCUAGUCAGAACAAUUUGCCAUGCUUAGAUGUUCCACUUUAUUAGUUCGCCCUAUAUUAAUGCAUGAAGGUAUGUCUAGCUGGUUUUGAUCAUGAUUCUGCUUACUGCUUCAUCAAGCCUUCCCUUUAAUUAGUAGGCAAAUGAGAAGUGGGGCUGGCUGCGAAGAAAAAAUAGAAAUCGUGUGCUGUAUGCCAUAUCCACAGAGAUCAAAUACUUGCUUAUAAUUUUUGGUAGAACUUUGUCACAUAUGAAAUUUACACGCAUAUAGUGAUGAUGCCAGAAAGGUACAGAAGCCUCUCUCAUCUGGCAGUAUAUUGAAAUGUAAUAUGGCCAUUAUGAAGAAUUUGGGAAUUAAGAUCUUUGAAAACCAGAUGCAUAGAUUUCGUAAAGAGAAUGCUCCUCCACAGCUUGAACCUCAAUAGUUUGAAUAAACCUCUCAGAAGUAUUGACUCGUGAAUGAACUGCUAAUUGGAUGGUGCCAUGUGAUGAUUGAGGUAAACUCGGAUCUUAAAAUCUCUUCACGAGUGAGAUUCUUUUGACAUCCCCUGUCAACGUAUGUCUGGAGCAUCUGAAGCGUGUAAAUCCAGACAAUUUAAAAAUAUGAGAAAUCUGUGAAUAUAGAAACACGAUCUAGUGUUUGUAGGGAUAGAAGGAUAGUUUUCCAAAAUCUCUUCGAUGUCUCCAUAUGUAGACUCCUAAUGAGCACUCUGGAGUGAAGGAGAAAAAGUAAAACUGUUGGAAGCACCGCCAUCCUAUGUUAUUUUCCUGGAUCUGAUGCUAUAAAGCUUGCUACAUUCCACAAAUUUAGUGGCAUCUCCAUUGGCUCCUUUAAUUUCCUUUUUCCCUUUUCACUCGCUCCCACUGUAACAUGCUGCCACUCAUUGCGUUUUAUGAUUUCCAAGUGUCCAUUCGUGAACGGCAACAUAUGCUGCCUUUUUGGCUUAGCAUAAUACUAUAACCUUUUUUCUUCAAUUUUAGGUGGGUGGUGACAAUCGGUCUAGAAUCCACUAGUAAAUCAUUGCCCGCCAAAAUCCAUUUUGGGACUGUGUAAUUAUAGUAAUUUUUGUAGGGAUGUUGUGGUCACUUUUAACCAAAUAAACCUGACCAAAUACUAAGAAUCUCUGUUGUUUUUUAUCUAUAUGUUGUCUAACCAGGCUGGAGAUCCUAGGUAAAAGAUUGGAAUUCUAAACUAAUGACAUACUGAAUAACAUGAUAGAUGGCUGAUAAUUUAUUCGAAGUUACUUUUCUAAGAUUCAUGAAAUAUGUGAAAUUUAUAUUACGUGAUUCUAAUUACAGGAUCCCUCAAUAAUUAAUUUCAGUAAUGAAAGGGCGAACUGUUCACUGUUAGUGGAUACAGUGCAUUUUAAUACUAUGGAUUUCACUAGAGAACGUUAUGAAUUCAGAUAUGGCGGUAUUAUUCAUGGAUAGUAUUUUUUAGUUUCCUGAUUCCUUCUUACAAAAGUAAGCUUAGAUCAAUAUUUUAUUCUCAAAGGGCUAAACCUAUGCUCAUCUCGUUUCAAAAUAUGCAUUCCUCUAAUCUUAAACAUCCCUGAAUCCAAACUGCUCGAACUAUCUCACCUUUGCUGCAACAUUUGCCUUAUCAUGGAGCUUAUUUUUUUCGUCGUCUUGUGCAAGACAGAAGUUUUUGAGAAAAAUUCUCUGAAAUAUGAUAUCCUGGAUAUUUAGUUAUUAGCCAAGACAUGAUCCUUAUAGGAAUGUCAAUUUUAAAGUUAGCUCGUAGCUAUUCUUUUCAACUUAUUUUAAGGUAUUCUUGGACAUGGCUACAUGUUUAGUCGGAAAAAAUUAUUGGUCACCAAGUGUAGUUGCCAGCUGAUUACCACUUCUUGAAAUAUUAUUCGUGAAUGCCGAUUGAGGUUUUAAAUCUCAGCUAGCCGAAUAAACUGAGCUUAUGACGCGGAUUUCUUGAUGGUAAACAUUAGGGUUGCUAGAGUGUGAUCAAACUUGAUGGCAUAUCUCUUCUCUUUUCACAGCUUGAUGCCAUUUGAGGUUUCAAUAUUAGGUAUAUAAUUUCUUCAAGUUUGAUUGGUCUGUAACCAUUUUGUGAUAGUUUUUUUUUUUACUGCAUUUUUUUUGUUUGUUCAUGCAACAGCUAAGGAGAGGGGACAGCGUGAGCAGUUCAGAGAUUUAACUGUGUUUGAGAGGUUAAAUGGAAAUCCCCAGAAAACUUCCUCCGCACUUGCUGUCAAGAAGGUAGUUAACAGUUGUUGAUUUUAGUUUUAUUAAUGCAUUAAAAUAAUUUCAUUAUCUCUUUUUUGAUAAUUUUCUAAACCCCUGUCUUUAAACAAAACUGUUAAUGAAUAUCUUUCUUGUAUAUAGAUUAUUUAUUUCUAUAUUAUAUCUGCAAUUUGGUUUAUUGGACCAAAUCAGAUGUGAUUUCCUUUCCUGAUUUUUAUCCUGAUCCAGAUUAUGGAUAAAUUUAGGUGAUUUGAUAUAAUGGCAGCCCUUGAACGUUGUACAGGGUUUUGAUGGACUAGGCUUGGGGAAAUGGGUUUAGAAUAGCACUACUGGGCAUUGCUUGGGCUAUUAACGUGCUAUGUUCAUCUGUACUGUGGUCUAGCGGUUACGUUCUUGUGCAGUCAUUGAUGUUUAAGACUUAUUAAAUUCCUUUUAGGUGUUGAAUCGUACACUUUAUGCAACCAUUAUUCCUUGGGCAAUGUUCAGUUUCACUGUCGAGAAUAAUUUCCUAGCACACCGGGCCACUUGUAUUUUGUUUGUAUGACAUGGCAUGACAGGCCUUCUGUCCUGAAAAAGCAGACCCUUUCUAUGUGAGUUUUCUAAAUGGGCAAAUGUUUGGUCUGCUGUUUGACUGGUUUGUAUCUAUGUUCAAUUCUGUAUGCCUUGUAAUUCAGGCCUGGCAGACCUUUAUGCUUGCCCAGAACCAAUGAUAGGCUUUAAAUGGUUAUCUCAUAUAUAACUUACCUUAUUAUCGCCUAUUCUGUAGUUUGAAAUGAGAAAACGCGCUUAGAAGAUUCCAGGAAUGCUCUGUUAAUCAAUGAAUUUUUGAGUUUAUAUUUCAUGGCAUACACUCUUGAUUUUGGCUUCUACAUUAUUGCUCUGCAAAUUUCAAUCACCCUGUUAUUUGUGAACAGUAGGUUGGAUCCUCAAUCUUUUCUUUUCAUAAGCUCAUUAUUUUAUUUUUGUAUAUCAUUUCAAUGAGAACUGAACCCCUGUAUUUAACAGCUUUCAUGUCAUUAUGUGUUCCUCGAAAUCCUUUUAUCUGAUCAUUAGUAUAUAUAUUUUUUUCUCAUUGAUGUUUCAUAGGCAUUAUAUUUUGCAUGUUUUUCCUUCUUUAUGCUAUCAACCUAACAGCCAGCACACGGUUGACAUUAAUACAUUUUACAUCUAGUUUUGCAGGACGAUGUCUACAACAAAUGAGCAGCCCUCUGAUAUUCGGCCUCUUCCAGUUUUGCAAAAAACAUUGAGAUACCUGCUUGACAUAGUUGAUUCUUCAAAUCAUCCUUUUGAAGUCAUUCAUGACUUUGUCCUUGAUAGGACUAGAGCAAUUCGGCAAGAUCUCAGUAUUCAGAAGAUUGUUAAUAAUGAUGUGAUUCUAAUGUAUGAGGAAAUGGUACAUUUCGUUACCUAUUUUUUUAUGUAUUUCCUAGUGUGAUUUUAUUAGCCAUGAGAAUUAAAAAAAGUUUUCAAUUUUAAAAUUUGACCAUAAAUCAUGUGGAAAUGUCUCUUAGAAGCUUCCUAUAAUUGGAUACGGUGGAUUUCAUUUAUUAACCUCUUAUGCAGGAAAAAAUGUCAUUUCUACAUAGCUGUAAAUCUUCCGAACUUUCUUUUGCUGUGUCAACUGAUUGCGUUGAUAGACAUUUUAUAUAUCUUUGAUGGUUCCCAUAGUUUUUCUUCCUUGAUGUUGGUUACCUAUAUUUUAUCCUCUUGGCUUCUCUAAUGUGGUUAUUCAAUCCUUCAUGUUGAUCAUUCAUGUUGGCUAUUGAACCUAAAUAAAAGGAGGCACAGUUUUCAUCUCAUUCACAAAUACUAUUGACUAUGCAUAAAGUUUUAACGGUCACAUCUGCCUCUCAUUCCAUAUAUCUGCGUCAGCAAAUGAUUUAUGCAAUCUUAUUCGACCAUUAUGCCUUAUCCUAUGCCUUGAUUGCAUGAUACCAUGUUGCAGGUUAAAUUCCAUAUAAUAUCAGACAAAAGACUCCGAAAGAACUGUGGCAAGGCUGAUAUAUCGUCCCUUCUUCACCUCAACAUGGAACAGUUAAUCAAAUCACUCACUUCUUUAUAUGAUUUAUAUGUCAUUAAUCAAAGGUCUAGUGACAAAAACUAUAAUGAAGCUGAGUAUUAUUCGUUUAAUUUAAUUCUACAACUUGGUCGUAACAGUCAGGUAAUUAUAUCUAGCCAAGAAUUCUCUUGUUUCAUUUAUUGGCAAGAAUACACUCCAAGAUUUGUGACUGGAUCGACUCUUAUCUAACAUUUUUUAGGAAGGAAAUUCAAUAUCUUUGUGGCUACGGAAAAUGUCAGUCUCAAUUCUACAGUCAAAGGAAAUGCAUUUUGCACGGAGUGUUCUAAGGUGCUUAAACUUUUGUGAACUUCAUGAGAUCUAUCUUCAGAAAUGACUUUCUUAUUGCUCAAUACUCUAGCUUCUUUUCCUCUUCUACUUCUGGAAGAGGAGGUUAAGGCAGGUUACCUGUCUACUUAUACAAUUUGGUUUGCUCGGCAUCCCUCUAGUUUCUGGUCCUAUGUUGAUUGCAAUGUUCUCUGUUGCAGACACUUGCGAGUGGGCAAUUAUAGGCGUUUUUUAAAAAUCGUGGCAGCUGACUCGUCAUAUUUACAGUUUUGCCUUUUAGAACCUGUUGUAAAUGAGGUAAAGAUCUUGCUGAACAAAUGUGGAGACCUGUAGUGGCUUAUUUGCAAAGAGAUGAAUUUUCUGCACGGUCAUACUAAUUACAUUUCAAAAGUAGAAAUACCUAGAACGGUAGUGCAGCCUUUUCCAUCUUUGCACGGCAUUUAUCACCCGCAUCAAAAAUGAUUGAGAAAACCGUUUUUCAUGACUAAGAAAGGGAAAAGAAUCAUCUGGGCUGAUAAGACGAAAAAUGAUGUCCACAACUUGAUCCUUAAACUGAUUCUUUUUUUCGUCUGAUCACUUUAAAGUGGUUCAGGAUUUCAUUUCCCAUUCGUCGAAAAGUUCAUGAUCAGACCAGAAUAAAACGAAAUGAUCAUUUCCCCAUUAAUAUAGUUACCUGAGCGAAUUCCGUGGACUAUUUUUAAAGGUAAUGGCCUAAAUGAAAGUUUCUGAAGCAUAUUACGGAUAUGUAUAAGUGUUUUCGGUUUUUGGCUUUUCUAUUUAAAUUACUUAGUCAAAGGAUCAGUUCUCAAUUUCUCAUUUCGUUUAAAUCGAUUAUAGGGUGAAAGCACAAUACAUCUGUGUGCUUUGGGUUGAUCAGUUUUUGCCCUACGAAUGUAGAAAUUGCUCUUAGAGGCAAGUUCAGCAUUCGAAUCAUAUAAAAUUUCCACCAAGUUGCCUAUUAAGAUUCGUGCAAUUAUUCUUAUCCUUUGAUGAAUGACUUAUUCUUGGAUGGAUCUUGAUAGGUUCGUGCACAGGCAUUACUAUGUAUUAAUUACGGUGGUUACAAGCUUCAUCCAUAUCCACUAUCUCACUUAUCUCACAUCCUCAUUAUGAAGGUAUUAUCGAAAGUUUUCUGCAAUGCUAAAUUUACAAUAAUCUGUUCUGAAAAGAAUUAUUGGUGCUUUGCUCUUUUUCAUUUUAGGAGGAAGACUUGGAGUCCUUGUGUCAUGAUUGUGGUCUCAAAACCUGCAAAGAUGAAGCAGGUCACUUGCUCCUCCCAACCAGACAGGAAGUUUCUCACAUGCCAAAAACACUACAGGAUUUUGGUUUUCUGGCUUCAGAAAAUUAG